GAGUUUUGAAAAAAAAGAAUGCUGGUAUCGUGUGAGAAUUUCCAGGAGGUAGAGAUUGAACACCUUCGUAAGAUGAAGUCCUUCAUCGAAACGUAUGCAAAAAGUGCGGAGAGCAACCACACCCUCAUACAACAGGUACAUGUUGAGUUCAAACAGCAGGCAGACGAGCAGACUGUGGAGAAGCUAGUUGAUCAGUUCAUCCUCGUGAAGUCGACGGGCAUUGAGAAGCCAGGACCGAUUGAGUUUGAAGAAGUUGACCUUUCCAAUCUACCACCAGCGCCCUCACCCGACCAACAGGAGAAGAUCAACGUUGCCAAUGACAACAAAGCGAAAGAGAAAGGCUUGCAACGGCGGAGGGAAAUCAACAACAUUCACGAGACAGCGGCUUUUGGGCGCAAUUUGUGGCAACUCAACACUAGCAUGUCUAGCAAUGGGCAAACACCAGCCAAACCCAUGGCACGGGGUGUCUUACGAAAAUCUAAAUCAUGGUUCCUUUCGCGGACCAAACGGGAGAAGAAAAAGAAGAAGAAGAAAGAGGCGGCAGCCGCGGCGCAGGCGCACGUGGAAACGGUGGAGAAGAAGGAGGAGGACUGCUGCGUGAAUGAUGCUAGCAGUGAGCGCAAUAGUAUCACGUCAAAGGACUCGAAAGAAAGUUCGAAGACGCCUGAAGUCGACGAAGAGGGCUUUACUAUUCGACCGGAAAAUAUCAACACUUCACGUGAGCGGCGCGUGCCCUACGACAGCUCGGGCACGUCGGACAGCGACAGCGACGACGACGAGCAGAAGAAGUUCACGGUGAACAUCCGGCCGCUGGGACACAGCCACCCGAUCGCGGCGUCCGUCGACGAGCUACGAGCCACCGUCGAACGCAUGUCACUCUCCCCCGUGACCGUUGCUUCUCCGCAUGAGAGAAAGAAAGUCAUGAUUGUUGAAGCAACGAUGAAGCGGUCUCAGUCUUUAUCGGACCCAUUCAGCAGCAAACCUAGUAGUGAUUUACUAGAGCUGGAGUUCCAGGGGGCGCCACCUAAUUCUGCUGCGUCGACACCUACCGGUGCUUACAGUGGUGUUAAAUCGCCGCCCUUAAAUGCGCCCUCUAGUGGUCACUCGACACCGGUUACUGGCAUAGAUCAUCAAGUGGACCAGGAAGUGGCGAGUUUUCCUCCGCCGGUGCCGAAGGCGGUAUCUGGGAGCAGCAUAGCUAUUCCGCGGCCUCCAAGCCGCAGCAGAGAGCGGCCACGCACCACUACCCCAGGAAUGCAGCAGCACGGUAGAGGGCGCAUGAGUCCCGCGCAGCCGGUGAUGGCGCGAGCCGACUCCGUGAGCAGUGUUGGCAGCGUCGGCAGCGAAUCCUUCAAGACUACCUCGGCGCCGGUCUCCUGCUCGCGGGGUCCAAGCCCUCUCGCGUUAGGCAUGGCCGACACGGUACCGCUGGCGGUAGCCUUCACGGAGACCAUCCAUGCCUACUUCAAGGGAGUCGACGAGACCAAGUGUAAGGUGAAGAUACAGGGCUACAUGCUGGUGUCGUUCCCCGCCGGCAUCGUUCAGGUGCUCGCAAACAACCCCAACCUGACGCCGCUCAGCUUCCGACUGCGGGAGAGCAGCCGGAUAGAGGGAAUCGUGCUCAACCGACAGCUUGUGAGCGUCGACGCGGAGAAGAGCGCGGAGGAGGGGCCGGUCUACGCGUUUGACAUGGCCACGCUGCGGGACCACCUGAAGCGGCAGGCAGAGAGCAGCCCGUCAGCUUCCUUCUUCAACGUCGACAUAAUGAAAUACCAGGUGAAAGCGGAGAGCGGCGCCGGCAGCUGCCCGCUGCACCUGCGCUCGCACUGGCGUUGCGACGACGACACGACGAGCCUGCGUGUAGACUACCGCUACCACCAGGCGGGCGCGCACGGAUGCACGCUGACGCAAAUCGCGUGCGUCGUGACGGUCGACGGCGGUGUGACGAGCCUGCAGGCGAUCCCGCAGGCCGCAUGGGCCUCCGACACGCAGCGCGUUACGUGGAAGCUCGCCACGCUCAACCAGCACAGCGAGAGCAGCAGCGGCGCCAGCGGCGGCGGCGCGCUGCGCGCCAAGUUCGCGCUCAACAACGGCCCGUCGACGCCGAGCACCCUCGCUGCGCAGUUCGUCGCUGAGGGACGCACGCUGUCGGGCGCGGACGCGGAGCUGGUCGGCCCCGGGUACCGGCUGUCGCUCGUCAAGCGUCGCUACGCCGCCGGCAAGUACUACUGUGAUGCCGACGUCGAGGCCAAGUACUCGUAGGUGGCGGCACCGGUCGCUGUUCCCCCCGUCGGACGUCGUCGGUUGCCGUCGGAGGUUAUGCGCGUGCCGUCUGUUAUCCCUUCUCCGCGCUCGUUCCUUUUCCUUUCGGCGGGUGCCCCCGUCGUCUCCCCGAGAUGUCGGGUCGUUCGUCGGUCGAGGUGUGAUGCUCGUAAGCGGCGUCCCCUUUCUCCCGAUCCUUCCUCGCUCGCUCAUUUCCCUUCCACCAGGGAUCUCGUGUCGUGUGUUGAUCCUUGUGAAUUCUCCAGGUCGCGGCGCCUGCGAGGGAGCGUGGUUGUCGUGUGCGAGAGUGGCGGCACAUAGAUGGCAGCACGUGCGGCGAAAGGGUUUGAUAGCAUAAUGUGAAAAUGUCCGAGAGCUGCCGUGAAGUCUGCUGAACGAUGGCGGUGCUGCAACGACCAUGCCGCUGGCCAGGCACUUCCCCCACGCAGACGUUACAUCCCUUUCUUCUUGUGGAAAGUACUGUCAUGCUAUUGCAGCAUGCAUCCGUUGCUGGACGUCGCACCCCCCCCGCCCCGCCCGAGAAAUUGCCAAAUUGUUGUUACACGGAGCGUGCUGUAAGUAGCUUUUCUACAGCAGGUGCAGGUGACCUGUGCUACGUACCCGUCACGUUUCCCUGCCUUGCGCGCCUUCCGUCGAAGCGUCUGUCGGCUGUGAAUACGCCCUGCUGCGACUUGCGAGCGAUAACAACCAGGACGUCGCUGCUGCAUGCUGCCACGACUGAUAGCUGAAACCACCUCUCCUCCAACCUAUCAAUGAAUGCUGUUCCUGUGGUGGGAAUCUAGUGAGGGUUUAGUGGCGUAGGUCUCGCAGAAAAAUUCUACGGUCGUUAGGUCGUUCGACGAAUGUCGGCCUGUAAGUGUUUCGGAAACCUAGGUUGCAAUGGAAACCUAGGUUGCAAUGGAAACCUAGGCUGCAAUGGAAACCUAGGUUGCAAUGGAAACCUAGGCUGCAAUGGAAACCUAGGUUGCAGUGGAAACCUAGUGUAGUAAUCGCUGAGAUCCGACCAUGGCUGCUGCGGUCAGUGGUUGCGCCACUAGCAAUUUUCUAUCGACCUCACGCGCGUGUUAUCAUUGCUCCCGUUCCUAUGCGCCCUAGCUACACGUAUACUAACAACACAGCCCAGUUGACUUGUACGAUUAUGUAUUGCAGUUGCUGUUGGUAAUGGUGGCACUGAACCAACGUUGGAUUUCUUGCUCUAAAGUGGGAAUCUAGGCGAGAGGUGUGUGUAGCUUCCAUCUUGUGACGCGUAUAGUGCGAAAUCACAAGGCGCAUGUUAGAAACACAGAAUGCUGCUACGCCACGAGUCCCCCUCCUCUCCCUGUUGUUUGUGAGCGAUGAGAUUUGCAUUACGCGGAGUUUAGGAUAUGCGAACGUCCGUGAAGUUUUUACGUGUUAUUUCUACGUACGUACAUCAUGGCAAGCAAGCUCUGACGUCUUUCAAUGAGAACCGGAUGGUUAUGGAGUGGAGUGGUAUGCGGUACGAACAUUUCCGUCGUUGAUCCACGAACCCAUGUUUAAUAAUAGUACCUAUGUAUGUACAUAUGUUUAUAUAUACCGGUACUGUCAUAAGCGCAUUCAUGCUAUGUAUGUACAUAUGUUUAUGUAUAUUGGUACUCACAUAUCUCAUGCUAUGCGGGGUAGGAGGUUAGCGAAUGCAUAAAACCUUGGAUGCUGGGGAGGGGGGGGGGCAGUGGUGCGUAGAACGAGGGUGGCUAGAACCGAGUCGGUGGUGGCUGUCAAACUCGCAGUUACUCGCAGCUCGAGUUCGUGGUGGCUGCAUCGGCUCUAUAUCAAAGCAGACAAUAGCGUGGCGCUUGUCUCCCGUGGAAACGGGAGGGAGGAUGAUAGACAUCCGAUUGCCAUUAAUCGCGUCGUUGCUUCAAUGAAACCCAUGCGUCCCUGAUUUCUGGCUCACAUUAGGUAAGAGGCGAGUGGUCCCGUUAUAAGGACCGCCGUCCGAAGUAGGUCGUUAUUAUAACCCUUUUGGGUCCGUAGGCAAGAGCGAUUGAGUCGUUCCUAUUAAAAUUUGAGAUAUUCGCUUGCGUAUCGAUUUAGAUUGCAGUUUAUGGUUAAGUGUAUUUUGGCGCUUGGACGUGGGUCAUGAUAGAGCAAACGUAAACGGGGUAGAAGUGACGUUGAUCGAUUAGCUGGUUCUGGUAACCCGUAAUGUAAAUCAUAGACUGCUUCCUAAUAUUUUUACCUAUCUUCUUAUACGGUUUAUAAUUGCCCUGCUCACUCGAUGUGUCACGUGUAAGAAGGGAUUUGUUCGUAACUAAUAAUCUGUAUAUUGCUGUCAUUGUGAGUGUGCUGUGUAGAAGACUUUGUAAUGGCUGGAGAUGUUUAGUGUUAGUAGUACGCAGCAGGCAAUCUGAACUGUAGGGAAAUGGCGAUGGCACGUGCAGAACUAUGGUAUCGAGUAUCAGUGUUCCAUGUGUUGCUCUGCAUUCGUGUCCGGUUCAGAGUCGACCCUUUCACAAACCGAUUGUUAUGCAUAGUGGGAUCUUAUUUUGGCCCUUGUUUUGCGAGUGCUUAACGGUCUAUCGCCUAGCUGAAGUGGCCACAUUCUCUGGCGUUACUCCUUCAGUGACGUCAUCUGCUCGGCAGGGUGGCGGCCCACGGCUAUGGUUGGCCAUCGUACUCAGAAAUAAUUAUUUUUACCGCUGUAGAAAUAAUUUAACCACGGUAAAAUUAUAGCCGUUUUUACUCAAUCGUAGGCCUUGUUACGCAUACUUUAAUUGCGGUUAAAUCAUGUGUAACAAGACCUCUGAUUGGGUAAAAACGGCUCCAAUUUUACAGUGGUUAAAUUAUUUCUACCGCGGUAAAAAAUAAUUAUUUCUGAGUACGAUGGCCAACCACACACGGCUGUAUUCGAAUAUAGAAAUAGUAUGAUGCCGACACAACUCGAUUGUGAAUAGACUACAGGCCUCAGCUCUUUGAUAUUAGGCGCUAAUCGAACGCCUGUCCAUUUCAAGUCGGGAUUUGUUCAAAACGAGCUUCUGUAAAGCGGUGUGAGGUUUUAGUGUAUAUGGUAGCACGUUAUGUGCUAGUCGAGUAUCGUAUAGACACAGGAUAAUUGAUCUUUGUAGUCACUGGUCAAGCGGACUGACUCCGACCGAGUAAAGUCAAAAUGAAAUAAACCUGGUAUUUAAUGAACAAAACCCCCCAAAAGCAUAAGAUAAAUGAGGUGUUGUUGUUGUUGUUGUUGUGUGUGGAUGUAUGGGGAAGUGCGUGUUGUCGCGUGCGUGCGCGUCUGUGUG